CAAAAUUAUACAACAAAAGGCAUAAAUUGAACCCUUAUUUUCGUUGCUUUUUUUUAAAAAAGAAAAAUAUAUACUUGUAAUCUAACUAUCUAGUUAGCAAGCUAUCAGUUAUAUUGUUCACUUUCUUUAAACAGAAGAUACAAAGUGUGAAUGGAGAGCAGUCUGCAUCAACAAGACGCUACUACAACUACUACUACUACUACUAUGAUGGAUAACAACAGUCAUCAUGAUUAUAAUACAGCUACAACAUCACAUCUUCAUCAACUGUUUUUAGAAAACAGUAAUAGUAACGACUUAUUCAAUUUGGAUACCACGAAUCAUACUGGCAAUACUUAUGAAGAUGACUUGAUGUUACGCUCACCCUCGUUAAACCCUACUGCAUCUUUGGUGCUCACCCCAGAAUGGCAUCAGCAACCCUCUUUUUAUUUCAACGCCAAUCAUCCUAAAACGGUAACUUCUAACGUAUCAACCAUCGCAGGCACAGGUACUGGAUCAGUAAGAAUACAAAAUGCAGCACGGUCGGAACGUGGUAUCGCCGGUUUUGUGUCAAAGUUAUAUCAAUGUUUACAGUCGAAUGAUGCUAAUCAGAAGUAUGCUCGGUGGUGUAAACAUGAUGGAAAAGACAUGUUCAUCAUUGACAAUAUACCAGAGUUUACGGAAUUUGUCUUACCGCGACUCUUCAAACAUUGCAAGUUUCCUUCAUUUGUACGUCAGCUUAAUGUAAGUUAAUAUAAUCAAGCCGAAUUGAAACCCUUUGUUUUCAGACUACAAUUAAAUGUGUACUCAUCCCAAUUUCAAUAAUAUUAAUAAUAAUAAUUAAAAAAAAAAAUUCUGUAAAACAGAUUUAUGGUUUUCAAAGAGAUACAGA